GAGCAGGUCACUUCUCACCAAUUGGUGGUUACCAUGCUGGAAAGGACAUGGCACUUAUUUUGGAUGUUGCGCGUUUUAAGUAUCCUCCUCAUUGGGUUCCACUCACACUCCUUUGGGAAGCCAUGGAUACUCUUGAUGGAGCAAGUGGCCAACGUAGGGGGUUCAUGCUAAUAUCUAAGCUCCAUAGAGAGCCAUCACUGCUCUACACCCUGAGCUGUAAACAUGAGAGUUGGAUCAGCAUUGCAACGUACUUAGUGGAUGAUGUUCCUUGCCUAUUAAAAUCAGAUGAUGUGAAAGACAUUAAGAAUGUGCUUUCUGUUAUUUUAUCAUCGAUCCCUUCAGAUUUUGGGGAGUUCAUCAAGUGGGUUGCAGAAGUUCGGAGACGAGAGGAGGAUGGUGGUCAAAGUCUGAGCCAAGAAGAGAAAGGAAGACUUGCUGUCAAGGAAGAGGUAUUGAAACAAGUGCAGGAGACUGGUCUUUAUAGACACGUGACAGAAUUUUUGUCUUCAGAGAGGUCAUGCUGCAGAGCCAUACCAAUGGCAGCACAUGAAGAUAAUUUACCUGGUAUCGCAGCACGUGUCUGUUGCCAGGGGGCGGUGCUUUUAUCAGGGAUGUCGGGCUCAUCAAAUGGGUUCUGCUGUCGUGAAACAGGUGUCAUUUGCUUUAAAGUUAAUGGUGACAAGCUUGUUACAGUAGUGUCUGGGACGGUGGUGAAUGGUAAUGGUGAGCAUGGGGUCGAUGUGCUUGUCCCUUCAUCUCAAACAGAGCCAAGUUGUUGUGGUUGUAAUCCAACUGAUGGCACUGGGACGCACCCAGCGAGCAAUGAUGUUCUGACAGCUCUUUUAUUGGCGUUGCCUCCUGAAACAUGGUCUGGUAUCAAGGAGGAGAAGCUUUUGCAGGAAAUAUGCAAUCUUGUUUCGACUAAAAACCUUCCUACGCUACUUCAAGAGGAGGUAUUGCACUUGCGAGGUCAACUCCAGCUUCUCAAGAGAUGCCAAGAUGGUAAGGAAGAAGAAGAUCUUGGUGCACCUCUCUUCUAGCAUUCAUGUCUUCUCAUGUUCUCUUGUAUUUCUACUUCUUGUGUUGUAACCAAACAGCACAUUUUUAUCACGUUUGGGAGUGUGUAAAAUGUACAAACUUCAAAUAAUUCUGUACACACACUGCAGAAAAUAUAUUCAUUGCGCCUUAAGGUAAAACAUCAA